AUGGAAUCCUCAAGUAAAGAGAGUCGAAUGAUCUUAGCUGUUGAGGCUAUACAAAACACCCCAGAACUAAGCAUCCGGGCUGCUGCAAAGAUCUAUACGGUUGACCGAAGCACUCUGGCCAAGCGCCUCAAAGGAAUCACUGCGCGACGCGACACCACGCCCAAUUCUCGGAAACUCACGGAUCUAGAGGAAUCUAUUAUUAUUCAAUAUAUCCUUGACUUAGAUUCGCGAUCAUUUCUUCCCAGGCUCUGUGGUGUGCGAGAUAUGGCUAAUCGAUUGCUUGCCGAUCGCGACGCGCCACUUGUGGGAGUCAACUGGGCUUCAAGAUUUGUUAAGCGCCACAAAGAGCUAACCACGCGAUUUACGCGUAGAUAUGACUAUCAGAGAGCCUUGUGCGAAGAUCCGAAGAUAAUUCAGCCCUGGUUUGAGCUUGUGUGCAACACAGUCGCGAAAUACGGCAUCCUGGAGGAGGAUUUCCAUAACUUUGACGAGACUGGCUUUAUGAUGGGCAUGAUCUCAACCACUAUGGUUGUUACAAGCUCAGAUAGACAUGGGAAACCAACUUUAGCUCAACCAGGUGAUAGAGAAUGGGUUUCGGUAAUUCAAUCUAUUAAUUCUCGAGGUGAGGCUAUCCCGCCAUUUAUCAUCGUUGCGGGGCAGUAUCACCUGUCGAACUGGUACGAAGAUAGUGCGCUGCCGAAGGAUUGGGUUAUCUCUACAACUCAUAACGGCUGGACAACAAAUGAGAAAGGCGUUGAAUGGAUUCAGCACUUCGAAAGGCAUACUAAGCCACGAACUCGAGGUGCAUACCGUCUUCUAAUCAUGGAUGGGCAUGAAAGCCACCACUCCACGGAAUUCGAGCUAUUCUGCAAGGACCAUAAGAUCAUCACGCUUUGCAUGCCAUCUCAUUCAUCUCAUAUUCUCCAGCCAUUGGAUGUUGGCUGUUUUGGGCCGCUUAAGAAGGCGUAUGGCCGAGAAAUUGAAGGGCUGAUGAGAGCGGGGAUUACACACAUUACGAAGGCGGAUUUCCUACCUGCGUUCUUCACCGCAUUCAAAUCUGCAAUGACGGAACAAAAUAUCCAGGGUGCCUUUAGAGGUGCAGGACUUGUUCCAUUUGACCCAAAAUGUGUCUUAUCACGGCUGGAUGUGAGCCUGCGGACGCCAUCGCCAGCGCAAGAGGCAGUUGAGCUACCCCUACCGUGGGUUCCAAAGACCCCAAACAAUCCAACCGAAGCAACUUCGCAAACGGAUUAUAUUAAAAAACGGAUAAGUCGUCAUCAGGGAAGCUCGCCAACAUCAAUAUUAAUGGCCAUGGAUCAAUUUGCGAAGGGGGCACGAGGCAUAAUGCAUAGGAUGGCGCUGUUGAAGGCUGAGAAUGAACAACUUCGAGCGGCAAAUGCAACACUAAGCAAGCGGCGCAGAGCAAGCAAAACGCGAUUGCUUCAAGGAGGCAGUAUUACUAUUGCCGAGGGACAGGCUCUUCAAGAUCAUAAGGAUGUUGAGCAGCAGAUACAGCAAGAUAUCCGCAGAAGUCAGGGUCGCAAGCCGAGGAAUGAGGCAAAGGGUCGGCGUUGUGGUACAUGCGGCAAGUCCGGCCAUAAUGCGCGCACUUGUCAAAUCACUGUGGAAAUAUCCAAUGAAGAGAAAAGCGAUGAAAAUUAA